AUGAAACUGAAGGAUCCAACUAAGUUGGGAAAACUAGAUGUGGAGAAUGAAAUCUUGCGUAUAAUGAAGUUAAAACCAAAGUUGGAUAGAGAGAUUGAAAGAAAUGCUGAGGACUUGGUAGUGUUUUUUGGGAUGUACUUGUGCAUCACUGUUUUUUUUACCACAGCAAAUGGGAGUGCACUUACCAAGAGCCAUUUUGCUCACUACUUUGAAUCAUUGGAUAGAAUGAAGAAAACCAAUUGGCCAGUUCAUAUACAUAAAUAUCUAAUGGAUAGCAUUAGGAAACAUGUCAUGUCACCACUUAAAGUAAAUGGUUGUAUGGUUUACCUGUUGUACUGGUUUUCUGAACAUAACAACAGCAUGACGCCAAGCAAUGAACAAGGUUUCCCUAGGUUUCUAAGGUGGGUAAUAAGUGACAUCAGCAAUACAAUCGAUAAAGACAUUAAUGAAUCUAUGAAAAAGAUGCAACCAGAAUGGGUAAAAGCAUGCAGUGAUGAACAACAAAAGAUCUUGGAUGAGUACAGAAAAAAUAGGCAAGAAAAUAGCACAGAUGCACUGAAGAGAAAGUUGUACAUAUCACUACAGCAAAGAGAUGAAGCAUUGGAAGAGCUUUCUGACUUGCAGGUUAAACAUGAAAAUCUUGUUAGCUUCAUUGAAGAAAAAGGCAAAAACAUUCAUGCAGCUGAUCCGAGGAAUGUGGAAAAUGAUAAGGAUCUUGUUGAUUUAUUUGUUGACACCUUGCAAGAAAUCAUUUCAUUUAAUAAAGAAUUAAAAAGAGAGGAUGAACGUGAUGAUGAUGAGCAGGAGGAGGAGGAAUGUGAGAAAGGUGAUGAUGAUGAUGAUGAUGAUGAUGAGGAAGGUGAGAAAUGUGGUGAUCUACAUGAUGAUAGUGAUGAUGAUGAAUAG